UUUUUUAAAAACUGGGAGAAUUCCUCUCUCCCGAGCAAAGGAGGGCAACAACAGAAAACGACCCAAGGGAUCCAAGCAGGACGCAGAAGCGGAACCUGCUCUGCUUGUCGCCUGGGAUGUUGUCGAAUCUCCGCACGCUUUGCCGAGGUUUCCAGGACCUACACAACUCAUUUGUGCUUCUUGUUCUCCUCCCACAGCAACCCUCCGUUGAGCGAGGAGAUGCUGCCUCCCGGGGAAUGGAUGUGCCAUCGCUGCACCGUGCGCCGGAAGAAGAGGGAGCAGAAGAAGGAACUCGGCCACAUGAAUGGCUUGGUUGACAAGUCGGGCAAGAGGACCUCGUCUCCCACCAGCGAUGCCGACUACUUGGACCGGGCGGGUGGCGGGAGCCUCCGGACCCUUCCCCACGCCCGGCUCUUGGAGCGCAGAGCGAGCCGGCCCGGCACCCCGACCUCCAACACCAGCACAGACACCCCCAACUCGGAGCAGAUCGACGUGGACGAGGACAUCAUCGACGUGGACGACGACUCGGCCCCCGGGGCGGAAGCCGAGGGGGGGCAGCCUCACCUGAAGCGGCCCUUCGAGCUGCUCAUCGCGGCCGCCAUGGAGAGGAACCCCACCCAGUUCCAGCUGCCCAAUGAACUCACCUGCACAACGGCCCUGCCAGGUGAGGGAGCUCCUUGCAAGGGGCUGUGGAGAGGGUCCUGGGUGGGCUGCUGCUUGGCUUCCACCAUUGCCCCCGGAUCAGGAACAUGGGCCCGGUGGUUGAGCCAAGCAGGGCAGUCUCUUUGAGCAGGCCUGGGCCCCUUUACGAGCUGUGGACUUCCUGCUGUCUCAGGAAUCCUGGGAUUGGAGUCCACAGGUAAUAAAGGGGAUCUGCAUAGAUUUCCCCUUCCCGCUCCCCAAUAUCUGCCUCGUCUGUCUGUCUGUCUGUCUGUCUGUCACCUUGUCCCCUACAUGUAUAUCAAGAUCUGUAUCUCCGCAUCAGCCUACCUCUCAUCCAUCC